AGACACUGAAACAAAAGCAAGUCGCAGGAUCGGAAUCACUAAGUGUCCAUCAUCUCUGUUAUACUGUUUGGCAAUUAUAUGUAUCCUCGCAAUUCUCUAUAGUAUAGUAGUGGUAACCAUGCAAGCAUUUAUGACACACACACCAAUACAAGUGAAUGAAACCUUACGUGAGAGAACAAAAAGGUCUAUAUAUAUAUCUAUAGUAGGUCCAAUUACAAAAGAAUCGCCUGUUGUACUAAAGGAGAAAAUAAAUUGUCACAAUCAAUGUUGAAUAAAAUUGUAGGUUGGCAUGAGCAGAAAAAGGAAGGGGUAUGUAAAAUAGACGCUAUAAUCGUAAUUAUCAGGGCGUCCCCAAAGAAUACCUCCAUGUGUCUAUCACCCAAUCCAAUCGAUAAAGCCACUAGGAGGAAAAUACAGGAAUUAAAAAGACAAAGAACUCAGAAAAAAAGUCUCCUCUCCAAGACAACUUUCAAAGAGAAGGUAAUAGACACACCAUCUCUCCCAAAUGAGAAGGUAGAACCAUUAAACUGGCCAGACCCAAGUAAGGUGCCACAUCAUUUCCUACUAAUGCAUGAAUUUGGUAAACAACAGUCAGAGGGAAAAGGAGACUGUUGGGUUUGUUCACACAUGCAUUCAGGGGAGCACAUUUAUCCAAUGCUAGCAAAACCUAUGCACCUUCCUUCCCUUAUCAACCUAACAGAUCUAGAGACAGUACAAAUCACAACAACUAACAAACCAUUCUUGAUACAAGGGUAUUCUGAACCUCCAAACUUUUGUUUUUUAAAUGGUCAUUAUUCUAGGGAUAUUAAAUAUUUUGCUAAUGCUAGAUUCUGUGCAGACACAGAUGUUAACUUCACACUGUUGGACAUAGAAAGCUAUAUUACAAAUCAAACAGUGGACAUAAAAGGGCUCAAUACAGUCGCCAUUGCCGAUGCUGAUGAAAGAAUAGAGAGAAUGUUUCAGUACAAUCUUACAGAAUGUCCAUCUUAUAAGCCCCAGGUCAAUCAAGGCCCAUUAACUUCUUGGUUGAAGCGAGUAAACAAAACGGACAUUAGGUAUGGAAGUACUGACCCUAUUAACAUAGUUCAAUGGAUGUGUCUAAUGGGGCUAAGAAGUGGGCAAAAUACCUUCAGUGAUAUUCCAGCACCUCGUCUACCAAAGGGCUGGGUAGUAUGUUGUGGAUUAUGGUGCCAUACUACAAUUCCUUUUCCUAAAGAUCCUAGUUCAAAAGGUUGGUGCACUCUGGUCCAACUCUUCCCAUACAUGAGUGCACAAUCAGGAAAAGAAGUACAGAUGGGACCAGCCCAUGGGGUGCUCAUUUUCCAUAACACACACAGGAAAAAGAGGGCACUGACGAGCACAUGGGAGAAAUUUUACAUGAGCAUCUUAGGCCCGACAGGAACUGCAAUGGCACUAGUAAGAUUAGAUGCCUUCCAGGAAUUGGUCGAGGGAUGGGUUAAUAUCACCACAAAAGACCUAGGGAUGAUAAAUGAAGAAAUGAGAAAAAUAAGGAUGGAACAGGAAGUGAUUAGGCAGAGACAGGAGAGACUGAUGAUGGCAGUCACUGGACUGUGUGAUCAAACAGAGAACAAACAAAUCUGUUGCAUUUAUUUCUCCAACUUCACCAAAGACACAAAGGACAUUGAGGUAUCUUUUCCGGAAUUUUCAACUUCUUCAAAAAGGCAGGCAUUGUUAUUUUGAUGACUUUGGUAUUCCUACUCCUUAUAUAUUGUCUAAUAAAGUUCACAAUAUGGGGAGUAGGAAAGACCUCUCAAUUGAUAAAGCGUAAGAAACCACCAGAUGAUUCAGGCGAAUAUGUCACCCUUAAAAAGGGAAGUACUCUGAGAAAGAUAACUGGUGUGUGGUAUAAGGAGUGAUCAUAUGGAAUGGGAAUUCCAUAUGAUCAAAGAGGGGAUUGUAAGGGAAUUAUGUCUGUAUCCACACAUACACAUAUAUAUAUAUUCAGUCUUAUAUGCUUGUAUCAAUGUAUACAGAGUUCCUCUUUAAAGGAAAUAUUUUAUAUUCUUAUAACACCAAAUCUAGUAACACAAGCUAGCAGGAAGUGGCUGUCUGAAGCUCAAAACCGCAUGGCUAGAAAGAGAUAUGCAUGCUUUGCAAAAGAA